ACCGUUGAAAAACCAACUUGACUUGUAGCGCCAUUCAAAAAUUAUAGCUAAAUGUGUGCGGUACGAAUACGAGGCAUCGAAGAAGUGCGAACGCGGUUGGAGUAUGAGACCCGACGUCGCCACUGGCGGUUGUUCACGCUGUUGCUCUUCCCUCUGGCAUUGCAAUGUUUGCAUGGUGCCCGCGGCUUAGAUGUGCCAUUGGCAUUGCCCACAGCUUGGCCAGACGCGACACUUGAUGAGUGUCACGAUGACUAUCAGGUGGCCAGUGCGAAUGCGUCCAAUCAUUACGCCUUCAGCUUUCAACUCUGCGAGCUGACGGCCAACGAAACGAAGAUCGAUCUGACCAUCCAUGAGGAGCUGGAGCGCGAACAAAUCGAACGGGGCCGCAUCGAGGCGUGCGGUAAUCUGGAGCUAUGCGAAACACUCGACUCGGAUCUCGAGUACUUUGCGUGCGUCAGGGAUAGCGGCACCCGGAAUCUGGAAUUGAUGUUAGAGAUCAACAACAAUGCCACAAGUGCACACACACGCCUUCGAGAGGACUACAACGAGUUGCAGCAGACGUUUGUGUUGUGCACGCUGGAGGCACAAGUUGCCUACAUGCAGGACAUGCGAGAGGCGUACGCAGAGUUGCAGGAAUGCCGCCAGCAACUAUACGACUCGCAGAACUGACACCUCAACUAAAGUAUUAAAAGCCAAAUUAGUUAUUAGCAAAAGCAAAAACAUUACUUUAAUCUACAAUUUUCACAACAUUUGCUGCUGCCUGCUGGAGGCAUUUGUCUAGAGCAUCGAAAACGUUUGCCGUGCCCAGAACAUAGUUCUCUUCGGUGCGAUUGGUGCAGAGGUAACGCUCCGCCUCAAUGCCAUUCAGCUGCUGUGUAAGGCUCAAAGCAUUCUCCGAGGCAUUGAAGGAUAUCUCGUACAUGUUGGUCAACUGUUGCUUCGACUGUCGAGUG